AUGCACCGAGGAGGCUUAGUGCUAAUGAGAUACCAGGCAGUCUUGGUUCAAAUCCUGGCUUUGCCCAAAGAGCAAAGCCAUGCUGAUGAGAUUGUUGCCUUCAUUUUUAACCUGAGGAAACUGAGGCACGAGGGCAUCCAUGAUGAAGCUGGGCUUUGCAUCGAGUCUUCUGAUCCAAAGUCUGUGUUCCCUCCUUUGUCCCGAUUUAUAUUCUGCCACCUGCCCCCAGGAGUGCUGUGCCUGCCAGACAGCUUGAACCUCCACCGGGACCCACAGCGACCCAGCAAGCCCGGAGAGCUGCCCAUGUUCAGCCAGUCCGAGCUGAGGACCAUCGAGCAGUCCCUGCUGGCCACCCGGGUGGGCAGCAUCGCGGAGCUGAGUGACCUGGUGUCCCGGGCCAUGCAUCACCUGCAGCCCCUCAAUGCCAAACACCACGGCAACGGCACUCCCCUGCACCACAAGCAGGGGGCGCUGUACUGGGAGCCCGAGGCCCUGUACACCCUCUGCUACUUCAUGCACUGCCCCCAGAUGGAGUGGGAGAACCCCAACGUGGAGCCAUCCAAAGUCAACCUCCAGGUGGAAAGGGCCGAUGACUGCUUUUGCGCCUCACGGAAGCUGGAUGCUGUGGCCAUCGAAGCCAAGUUUAAGCAGGACCUGGGCUUCCGGAUGCUGAACUGUGGGCGGACUGACCUGGUGAAGCAGGCCGUGUCUCUGCUGGGACCCGACGGAAUCAACACCAUGAGCGAACAGGGCAUGACCCCCCUGAUGUACGCCUGCGUCCGCGGGGACGAGGCGAUGGUGCAGAUGCUGCUGGAUGCCGGAGCUGACCUGAAUGUGGAGGUUGUCAGUACUCCUCAUAAAUAUCCAUCCGUCCACCCCGAGACCCGCCAUUGGACGGCUCUGACUUUUGCCGUGUUGCAUGGACAUAUUCCUGUAGUUCAGCUCCUCCUCGAUGCUGGGGCCAAGGUGGAAGGCUCGGUGGAGCAUGGUGAGGAGAACUACUCAGAGACGCCCCUCCAACUUGCCGCUGCUGUAGGAAAUUUUGAGCUGGUUAGUUUGCUGUUGGAGCGUGGUGCGGACCCCCUAAUAGGAACCAUGUACAGGAAUGGAAUUUCUACCACCCCCCAGGGUGACAUGAACUCUUUCAGCCAGGCUGCAGCCCAUGGACACAGGAAUGUGUUCCGCAAACUGCUCGCUCAGCCUGAGAAGGAGAAGAGCGAUAUCCUGUCCCUGGAGGAGAUUCUGGCCGAGGGGACUGACCUGGCAGAGACAGCCCCGCCCCCUCUGUGUGCCAGCCGAAACAGCAAAGCCAAACUGAGGGCCCUGAGGGAGGCCAUGUAUCACAGCGCUGAGCAUGGCUACGUGGAUGUCACAAUUGAUAUCAGGAGCAUAGGUGUCCCGUGGACUCUUCACACGUGGCUCGAGUCACUGCGCAUCGCCUUCCAGCAGCACCGCAGGCCUCUCAUCCAGUGCCUGCUCAAAGAGUUCAAGACCAUCCAGGAGGAGGAGUACACAGAGGAACUCAUCACCCAAGGCCUGCCCCUCAUGUUUGAGAUCCUGAAAGCAAGCAAGAACGAGGUGAUCAGCCAGCAGCUGUGCGUCAUCUUCACGCACUGCUAUGGGCCCUACCCCAUCCCCAAACUCACCGAGAUCAAGCGGAAGCAGACCUCACGCCUGGAUCCGCAUUUUCUUAACAAUAAAGAAAUGUCCGACGUCACGUUCUUGGUGGAAGGAAGACCGUUUUACGCCCACAAAGUGCUGCUGUUUACAGCCUCUCCACGCAGCACGGGCUACCCCCUGGUUUAUGAGCACCCAAACCCAGGGUAUAACCAGUGCACAGAUUUGUCCAACACAGCUGCCCUGGAGCCAAGCAGGGCCAAGCCAGUUUUAUCAAGCCUGGUCAUGCAGUAUCUCUACUACGGUGGCCCAGAGUCGCUCCUCAUUAAAAACAACGAGAUCAUGGAGCUCCUGUCUGCUGCCAAGUUUUUCCAGCUAGAGGCCCUGCAGCGACACUGCGAGAUUAUCUGCGCAAAGAGCAUCAACACUGACAACUGUGUGGACAUUUACAACCACGCCAAGUUCCUCGGAGUCACCGAGCUCUCUGCAUACUGUGAAGGUUACUUCCUCAAAAACAUGAUGGUCCUCAUCGAAAACGAAGCGUUCAAGCAGCUCCUGUAUGACAAAAACGGAGACGGGACAGGCCAGGACGUGCUCCAGGACUUGCAGAGGACGUUGGCCAUCAGGAUUCAGUCCAUCCACCUGUCCUCCUCCAAAGGCUCCGUGGUAUGAGGCCUCCAACAUGGCGGAUGCUUCCUGGGAACGUCCCAAUCUCCACACCAAUGGAAAUCCCUCCUUGGCAUCUGUUUCGGGAGCUGGGCCAAGGAGCUGCAUCCACUGCCUCAGCAGCUCUCGGAUCAGCAAACUCGGCUCCCAGAGGCUCCUGUGGAAGGUCAGGGACAUUGUGUCUGCAGGAACUUGACUCCAGAGCUUGAAGUCAAAACUGUUAGCCAAAACAACUCCAAUUGAAAGCAUCUAGGCGCCAGAGACACACUCUGCCCGACCCACCUUCAAGGGGGUGGACCAAGGCCCAAAAGUCCUCAGGUUCCUGGUGACUGUUGCAGACGUAGGACCCUGAAGAGAGUCCCAGUACCCGUGACUGGUUUGGUGGCUACCUCUGUGUAGGUGUCAGCCCUGAUAGUUAAUUGGCAAGGCGCUUACCCAUGGAGAUCAUUUGGCCAAUUUUUAGGGGUGGGAACUUUUUAAAAUAUUCGUAAUAGAACAACAACAAAGACACAGGGCAGUCUUGUAGUCUACAAUGUAUUUCUAAAAGCUUAAUGGUUCAUUUUCAACUGAAUUGUGUUUAGAGAUCUGUGUUUUUGAGGUUAUUUUCUGUUUGUUUUUUUUAAACCGUAAAGUCACGAGUCCAUCUCUGUAGACUAUACGUCCGAUGAAUUCCUGCUGAUAUUCAAGAUGAAAUAAUCCUGCCUUAGCGAUCACGGUUAUACAAAAGAGGUGCACUGCCAAUAAUUAUCUCUAAUCCAAUAGUUGAAAAUGAUUUGCAUGCUCUUUAGGGUGUGAAGAAAGCACCCCGAAUAAUAAUCAAACACACAUUUGCAUGGGGCCGAACUUGGACGAUUGUUAAGUUUGUGCUUCAUUUUUUUUUUAUUUCUUUUGCCAAGAUCCAAAUGUUCUAUCACUUCUUGGUAAAGGUGCAUUUGGGAAAAACAAAUCUAUUCCUGUUCUUUUCCUAAUUAGGAAUGACUUUGGGAUGCUUUUACAGAAUGUGUUCAAAGAGGAUUUGGGGGGCGGGGGGAGGGAGGGGGAGGGGAAAGCACGUCAGAGAAUUUCCUAUUAAUCCCAGAGUUUUCUCAGUAUUCUCAGAAGAUGUGAAUAAUUUGUUACUAGCCAGAGAAGAUGACCGCGUUAGAAUAUUUUUAAAGCAAAAUAUGUAUGAUAGGAAGGAGACUUUGUGUAUUCCGCGGUGUACAGCACAGGGUUAUCUAUAAUGAAAGCUUUUAUUGACAGGGUUCUCUUUGCUCUGCCAUAUAUUAUAUAUUAUAUAUUAUAUAUAUAUAAGCAAAAGAGAUUGGUGAAGUGCCACAAUAUUCCAAAUAACUUUUGAGUUGGCAGCCUUUCUUUUUUCUUUUUUUCCUUCCUGCCUUUUCAUUUGAAACCUAGAUACAGUCUGUGAAAAGCCGGAGAAAGACUUUCACUCUGUGGGAAGACAAGGCUUGGUUGGUAAACCUAUUUCCUAGCAUGCCUUUGGGAAGUUGUACCAGACCCUAGAUUCUAAAGGAGUGGAGACUAUCCUGUCGACUCCUUGAGCUCCUGCCGGAAGGACUGGUGUCAAGCCCUAGUUCACAUCUGUCUGCAGAGUCUGGAGGCUCCUCUGAGAUGGGGAUCCACGUGGCCUCUUCUACGUGGGCAUCUGCACACCUCUCCCCAGCCCAUCACCCAAGGAGGAAGGCUACAAUUGCCGGAGGAUGCCAAGUUACAGACACACAGCGUGCGGUGUGCCCAUUGCCUGUGUCUUCAGAGACUCUGUGUGAUCGGAUGUCCCCCUCCCCCCCCAUACACACCCAACCUCAGCUGACUUCUCUGUGAAUGUCUAAUGCUAGCUUGGGGCCUCUAGUCAUUUGAUCCGUGCGUUGGCAACUCCCACUGGGGCCUGUUACAGUUUGGUGUGCUUUCUCUGUCAUUAAAAGAAA